UCACAGUAAAAAGAUUGAUCAAUGGAGACCGGAGUGAAAACUGAUACGGAGAGGCUGGGGGCCUCUCUCCCUGUGCCUAGCGUCCAACAGAUGGCGAAGGAGAAACCCGCCGUGAUUCCAAGCCGUUAUGUACGCCAUGAGGGUGGCAAUGGAGAAUCUCCGGCACCGGCCAAGCCAUGUUCCGCCUCCGAUGUGCCGGUGAUCGACAUGCAAAAGUUGCUGUCUGAGGAGUGGGGAGAUUCGGAACUUCAGAAGUUGCACUUUGCCUGCAAAGAUUGGGGUUUCUUUCAGCUAAUAAAUCAUGGGGUGGACUCUUCACUGAUUGAGAGGGCAAAAUAUGAGGUCCAAAAUCUGUUCAAUCUGCCAUUGGAAGAAAAGAAGAAGUAUGAGAAGGUGGCAGGGGAAGCACAAGGUUUUGGUCAACUCUUUGUUGUAUCUGAAGAGCAGAAGCUUGAUUGGGCAGAUCUGUUUUACCUAAGAACCCUACCACUCCAUAUAAGAUCACCUCACAUUUUUCCUAUUCUACCAGAGGCUUUCAGGGAUACUGUGGAAGCAUACUCAUUAGAAGUGCAUAAGCUUGCCAUGAAGGUUCUAAGCCUUGUAGCACAAAAUUUGGGAAUAGAACUCGAAGAAAUGAGAAUGCUUUUUGAAGAAGGAAUGCAGUCAAUUAGGAUGAAUUAUUAUCCACCAUGUCCUCAACCAGAGCUUGUUAUGGGUCUAAGCCCUCACUCUGAUCCUGGUGGGUUAACUAUACUCCUCCAAGUGAAUGAAACAAAUGGUCUUGAAAUUAAAAAGGAUGGAGCUUGGAUUCCCAUUGUGCCAGUUCCAAAUGCAUUCAUUGUUAAUGUUGGUGAUUCUCUAGAGAUCUUUACAAAUGGAGUUUAUCGCAGCAUUGAACAUAGAGGAAUAGUAAGUAGAGACAAGGAGAGGAUAUCUAUUGCAACAUUUCUUAGCCCAAGGGAUACAUUGGAUGCUUACUCACUAGAACUGCACAAGCUUGCCAUGAAGGUUUUAAGCCUUGUGGCAAAAAAUCUGGGAAUAAAAGAUGAAGAAAUGACAAUGCUUUUUGAAGAAGGAAUGCAAUCGAUUAGGAUGAACUAUUAUCCGCCAUGUCCCCAGCCAGAGCUUGUUAUGGGCCUUAGCCCUCACUCUGAUCCUGGUGGCCUAACUAUACUCCUUCAAGUGAAUGAAACGCAAGGUCUUGAAAUUAGAAAAGAUGGAGCUUGGAUUCCCAUUGUGCCAAUUCCUAAUGCCUUCAUUGUUAAUGUUGGGGAUUCUCUAGAGAUCUUUACAAAUGGAGCUUACCGCAGCAUUGAGCAUAGGGCUAUAGUAAGCAGAGGCAUGGAUAGGAUAUCUGUUGCAACAUUUCUCAGCCCAAGGUUGGAUGCCGAGUUAGGUCCAGCAAUUAGUCUUAUCACCCCACAGAACCCAGCAAAUUUCAAGAGAGUUACCGUAACUGAUUUUUUUCGUUUAUUUUUUGGACGAAAGCUUGAUGGGAAAUCACAGGUUGAUGCCUUUAGGGUUAACAAGUAAGGACUUUGAUGAAGAAUACACUUCAAUGUCACUAUUCACUUUAGUUUAUGUGUUUUAUAAUAAAACAAGUAUAUCGGUAUUUGUCAAUGAACUUUUGAUCUACUGGCCCGAAGUAGUUCUCUCAAAUGGUAGGUCAUGGAUUUGAGCCACCUUUAGUUAGUAAUAUUCUAAAAGUAUUAAAAAAAAAUGACUUCUUCAUGUUUCAUUCUCAUGAUAAGGAAAAAGGUUUGUUCAGUGUAUGAA